CGCUUCAGGUGGGCGUUUUCGUAUUACGGAUGAUCUACGGUUUUGAAUCCGUUAAAAUGUCGGAGGGUGACGAUCACUCGGACGACGUCUCUUUGGAGGGCAGGGGGACAAUGAAAAAAUGGUGCGGCCUGAAGCCCGACCCGGCCGAGAAGCGGUGGAGAAGGUGCUACCUUCUGCAGAUGCUCGUGCUUCCGUUCAUUCCAAUCGCAGCCGUCAUACUACAGACUGCUAUCAGUUUUAGGCAUAUCUUACAUUACAGAGUCAGCGUGGCGGAAGUCGAUUCUCAGGUUACCAUCGCGACUGAAUUGGGGAAGGUGGUAACGCAAAUGCAGCUGGAGAGGUCUGAAGUCGCUUUUCACAUAUUCACCAACGGAGAAGAUUACAGGACUAAUUUGAGUUCACGGUUUGCAGUGACAGACCAGGCGUUAGACAGACUCAGCACUUGGCCGACGGUCGUCGUAACGACAGCAAACGGUAACAGGCUUGUGUUCAACGACAGCGUAACUUUCAGAGAACACCUCGACCUUUUCAGAAAGAACAUAAGCAGCGAAGACAGCACGAUUAGGGACGUCCUGCACUGGUACAAUUCUGUUAACGCAGCCAUGCUAGUCCAUCUGACAGAUCAAAUAAAGGAAACGGACAACAGCGGAGUUUGGAGAUAUUUAAUCGCAUUCAAGAAUUUGCUGAGAAGCAUCGAACAUUUAGGAAUAUCAAUGGUGAACGGCAUCAACUUUUUCGGCCGUGGUAAACUUCAGCCAGAAAAUUACAUACGUUUCGUCCAGGACACCGUGAUCGGCCAGGACCUCCUGAACGGCUCUUUCACCUACUGGCCAUAUCUCAGGAGUCUUCACAACAACCUCACGGCUCGUAUGACCCAGUACGACCUUAUGCAGCGCAAGCAGCAGAAAAUCCUAAACAAUAUCCGGCAGAAUUCGAGCGUCGAAGAGGCCAAAAAGUACUUCGACUUGAUGGCGAAGUACGUCGACGUACUGAGGUCGCUGCAUCAAACUGUCAGAAGGCAAAUCAGAGAUUAUGUCAACUCGGAUCUGAGAGACGCCAACCAACAGGAAGCAGUUGGUAUAACAAUACUCGUGAUUGUUUUAUUCGUUUCCCCGAUAAUAAUUAUUUUGGUGAGAAACGCCGUGGCCACAAUUCAGAUGUAUGCAGCAAAUCUAGCAGAGAAAGCGAGCGAGCUGAGGACGGAGAAACACCGAAGCGAUACGUUGCUGUUCCAGAUGCUGCCGCCGAGUGUGGCCCACCGACUGAAGCACACUCAACAAGUCCCUGCUGAAUACUACGAGCAAGUCACAGUUUAUUUCAGCGACAUUGUGGGCUUUACGGAAAUCUCGGCUAUUUGCACUCCCUUGGCCGUAGUCAUGUUCCUGAACAAAGUGUACAGGCUGUUCGAUGCUUUGAUUGAAAAAUAUGAUGUGUACAAGGUCGAGACUAUAGGUGACUCUUACAUGGUCGCCUCUGGACUCCCGGUUAAAAAUGGAAAGAGGCAUCUGUCAGAGAUAGCAACAAUGGCCCUUGACCUACUGGAUGGAUCAACAUUGAUACUGCUGCCGAGCAAACCGACAGAACGGCUGCAGAUAAGGUCAGGAGUGCACACAGGACCAGUCGUCGCAGGUAUUGUGGGAACCAAAAUGCCGAGGUACUGCUUGUUCGGUGACACAGUGAACACAGCUUCCAGAAUGGAAUCUACUGGAGAAGCGCUGAAAAUUCAUAUUAGUCUAGAGAUGAAGAAAGCACUCGAUGAAGUGGGUGGAUUUAAAACAGAACAUAGAGGAUUUGUUGACAUAAAGGGGAAGGGAGUUCUUGACACCUACUGGUUAAUGAGCAAAGAUGGAGGUGUGCGAAGAAACACUGACACAGAUUUCACACCAUUUACAGACGACCAUGAACCAAUGUACCUGAAACGGCUUAGACACUGAUUCUAUUUAAAAAUUAAUAAAACCAAUGUCAAAACCAGUAUUUAUGAUAUAAGGAUGAGAGUUCUCAAUUUUACAGUGUUCAAUGUUCGGUGUUUAUGCAUGUACUAAAUAUUCCUAUAAAGGAGAAAUGUAUUCUAGUCAUAAAUUAAACAAUUGUGAUUUCAUAUUCCAAUGUAUGAUAACUUUUAAUAAA